ACGAAGUAGUAGUAUAAAAUUGGCACGCCCAGUUGCAUUUUACUCGGAGAGACUUGCUGCUGAUCAAGUAAUCCUUUCAAUUCGUUACAGAACACACACAGAUCGAACAGAGAGAUAGUAAGAGAUGGCAAUUCUGAAGAGUUGUUCAAUUGACAGUGAGAUCGCCCUCAUCGGCGACGAUCUUCUGUCGGAGAUAAUCGUCAGGCUCCCGUUCAAAUCCGUGGCGCGCUCCGCCUGCGUCUCCAAGGAUUGGCGCGCCGCCGUCUCCGACGACUACCUCCGCCGCAGGCUGCCGCUGCUCAUGACCACCGUGUACUUCCCCGACGACGACGCUGUCGCCGCCGGCGGCGGAGGUGGAGGUGGCCCGCGGUUCGCGUGCGCGGCGUCCGACGGCAACGAUGGUCACCGCCUCGAGGACUGCCACCUCGGGUUCUUGCCGGAACGCGGCGGCGUUGUGGUAUGCGACGGCUGCAAUGGCUUGCUGCUCUGUCGAUCGCCCGGCACGCCGGAGUUCUUCGUCGUCGACCCGGUGACGAGGCGGUGGGCGGCGCUCCCGGCGCCGGCGAAGGCGGCGACGCUGUCCGUGCUGGCGUUCGACCCGUCCACCUCGCCGGACUACCGCGUGGUCAACUUCACCGGGUGGCGCGACCGCGGCGCGGCGGUGGAGGUGUUCUCAUCGGCGACGUGGGCGUGGACGGCGCGCGACACGGAGUUCGGCGGCGUCCCGGCGAGCUCGCUCUCCGGCUCGAUGCACUACCACGACGGCAUCCUCUACAUCCUCGCCUCCGAACCCGACUGCCUCGUCUCCCUAAACCUCGCCGACUUCUCAUCCACGGCGGCGGUGAUCGACCUCCCCGAGCCGGUGGACGGCGGCGACGCCCACGUCGCGCACUCCGGCGGCCGGCUGCACUACAUCUUCCGCGACGGCGAGCUUCUCAAGGUCUGGGAGCUCGACGACGACGACCAAUGGCGGCCGAAGCAUGCCGUCAAGGUGGAACACCUCGCGCAUGGAGGAGGCGAGGUGAGGUUCUUGGCGAUGCACCCGGAGGAGGAGGACGUGGUGUACACGUGGUCGCCAUGGAAGGUGGUGGAGCACGAUCUGAGGAGGAAGACGACGACCUGCCAUUGCCAAGCUUGGGAGUUUGGUGAGGGGGAGAGGAAUCGUGUCGUCAAGGCGUGGCUCGUGCCGUCGUCGUGCUACCUAUCGGAUUGCUUAGCUCAUUGUCCCGUGAAGUGUUGAUGAUUUAAUUAAUUUGUAAAUCUGUUUCAAUUAUUUUAUUUUAGUUUGUUGCUUGCGAAGUGUAAAGAGAGAGAUCGUUUACGCCACCGACGUGUAGCUGGAUGCAUUGUGCGUGUGUUCAUGUUGUUGGUAACUGUAAAUGCAAUAAAUGGUGCAGAUUUUGUUAAUAGUAUAUCUUUACUGGAUCAAA